AUGAAGGCUGCAUUUCUGAUUGUACCUUCGAACGCCACACACUUUUCUUCCGUAUCAGUGAGCAAGACGAGAGCAACGUUUGCCGUGCGACGGACGUUUUUGCGGACGAGGAAAACGACGAGAGUCGCUGCGCUGCGGAUGGCGAACGAAAAGCUCAACACUCAGAUUCAGGAAGCUAUCAAGAACGCAGAAGAUGCGGCGAAGAAAUAUGGGAAAGCAAGCAAGGAGGCCAAAGUAGCCUGGGAUUUCGUCGAGGAACUCGAGGCUGAGCGGUCCCACCAGGCUGCAAACAAACAGUCGGAAGAUCCGUUGGAAAAGUAUUGUAAUGAAGUCCCAGAGGCGGACGAAUGCCGUGUCUACGAAGACUAG